AUGGCUGGUGGAAAGAAGAAGGGCGCCGACAAGAAGAAAGCCGAUGCCGGCACCAAGGCAGGCACCAAGGCAGGCACCAAGGAAAGCAACAAAGCAGACAAGAAAGCCGACGCUGAUCAAAUUCGUCUCCAGUAUCAGAAUGCGACGGCGGCUGUCAUGAGACAGACCCAGCCUCUGCUUCCCCGGCCCGCCCAGUUCACCCCCUCUUUCAUGAAUCAGGAUCGGCCGUUCCAGCAGGGUUACUACCCUAUCAAGCAAGAGGAGGUUGAAGAGCCCGGAGAGACUGGGGAGACAACCCCCACUGGUGAUCUGGUUAGCACUCGUGACGAUAGUGACUGGGAUGAGAAACAGGAGGACAACGACAAUGAUCGCAAGGCUCGCCCAAACCGCAAGAACCGUGGUCUGGUCAGAUGGUCUGACGACGUCGAUAUCCACCUUCUCCUUGUCAUCACUUACGUCUGCCAGAGGUACAAGGUCAAGAUUCCCUGGGACAAGAUCGCCACCAAGAUGUGUGAGCAAGUUCCUCACACCACUGAAGGAGCUAUCAGCCAGCACCUGUCCAAGAUUCGCACUUUGCGUCGUGGAGGAACUCUGGAGCCUCCUAGCCCCAUCCGCAAGUCUAAGACCUGUGGUGCCAGCACUGAGAUAUCCGAGGCCAUGACUCACAAGCAGCGUACGAGCCAGAAAGCCAAGAAGCAUAUCCGCGAGGCUUCUACUGAGCCUUCCAAGAAGCGCAAGCAUGCCAAGAUGGCUACCGCCGCGGUCAAGGCUUCUGCUCCUACUUCUCGUCGUGCUGCAGGCAAUAUCAACGGACGCAAUGCAAACACUAGGUUAGUUAACUCCUCCGAUAAUUAUGGGAACAACUUCAAAGAGACUAGCUCUGCAGCUGGAGAGCGGCUGGUUUAUGUUGAUGCCGCCAAGCUACACAGUUCCAGCUGUGACACAGACAAUCAGAACCCAAAAGAUGAUAUUGUGAACAAUGCUAACGAUUAUACCAAUAAUAGUAAUGUGAUCAAUCCCACCCUUCAGUCCAACAUCGUUCGUCUUCGCGUGCCCUCUCUCUCCGCAGGUAGCGCUAAUGCCCAUUUCACCAAUGAAAAUGCUGCCCGUAUUCCUGCCAGUCAGUACUAUGGCUCCGGAUAUGCCGCUUCUCCCGCUAUGCACGGUACUGGAAUCCCUGUUCCUGUUACUUUUGCGGAUUACUAUCCUGGAUAUGACAACUUGGGCAACGACAGCGUCUUGAACCGCGGCACUCCUUUCACUGAGAGCGCCAGGCACCUUGACUAUUCUCCCGCAGCUUGGUCUCCUGCUCUCGUUACUUCCGUCGCUGUUGAGAACCCCUUCGUAGUCGAAAAUCGCUAUGCUUCUACCGUCGGAUACGCCCCUGGUGCCAACACCUUCACGGGUUACGAAAUGUACGCUCCCAUUGGCAACGAUUCGAUGGCCUGGCAUUACGCUCCCAGCACCCAGUACGCCAGUACCGAGGCUUGGGCUCCCUUUGUUCCCCAGCGCGAUAGACACCAGCUGGCCGCUGACCAGCAGGUCGAAACCCUAUCUCCCCGCGUCCCUGUUGUACGUGCCGCCGAUGAGAUUACCAAGCAUGAGGAGGACGAGGAUGACUAUAUGGUUCGCUCUCCCCUCUAG